CGUCCGCGGUACUUAGGUACAUAUACUCGACUAGAUCUACCUACCUAAGGUACUAUGUACAUCGCAGUUGGAGUUGCCGGUGCCUGGACCUGGCGUUACGCAACCUCAAUCAUUGAUCCAGCCUCUUCCCAGCAAGCAGCAACAUUUCAUCUUCGACCCCAGUCCGACGAAUCGCCCGAACAGCGAAUCGAAUGAGAUAAGAAAAUUAGUGAUAUAAUAUCAAAAUACCGAAGCCGACGAACCUCAUCCUUCCCUGAAACGACCUUCAGGUUUCAGAAGGGAAACCGCGACUUCAUCCAACAUUCAAUCCAACAAUAUGGCGAAUCCUCUGGACACCGAUGCUGGCUCCGAGCUGUUCAGCAGCUACGAGGCCGAGUUCAAGCUUGUGCAGGCCGACUUAACGCAGAAGCUCGACCAGAUACCGGAAUUAAACGGCGAGCCGCGAAAAGCAGCCGUCAAUCAGGCAGAACGAGCGCUCGAAGAGGCCGAGGAACUGCUGGGCCAGAUGCGUCUAGAGAAGCAGAACAUCCCCUCCGCGAGCCGGGGCAAAGUCAAUACGCGCCUGCGCAACUUCGAGACGGACGUCGACAAGGCGAAGCGGAAGCUGCAGACGCUGGCGGACGACCGCGCGGCGCUGUUCGGAUCGCGGUACACGGACGACCCGGAUGCUAGCGCGAGCGACCGCCAGCUCGAGCAGCGACAGCAACUCCUUGCGGGCACAGACCGGCUGGACCGGUCCUCGCAGCGUCUGCGAUCUUCGCAAGCCCUCGCCAACGAGACUGAGGCCAUCGGUGCCGCCACCCUUGCCGACCUGCACUCGCAGCGCGAGCGCAUCCAGCACACUGGCGAGAUGCUCUUCGAGAGCGAGGGCUACGUGGAUCGCAGCGUCAAGACAUUGAGGGGGAUGGCGCGUAGGAUGGCUACAAAUCGGGUGAUCACAGUCGCCAUCAUUACAGUCCUCGUAAUACUCAUCUUCGCCGUCAUCUUUGCCAAGUUCAGGUAAAGGAUGGACGUCCUCAAGGUGACACACAUUCUUUAUCCACCAAGCUCUAUUGAAGCCAACUCAAGAAAGGGGCGAGGGAAGAAGCCCAAAGCUAAUAAACAUGUCGCGCGGCAUCAUACCAAGCAUCACUAUCCUAGAUCCUUUUAGAGGCUAGCCAUUCGUGUAGUAAACACUUUGUAUUUUCGUGUAAUGGUGCCUCAGAUAUUGAUGGCAUGAAUGAACUGGGCGUUCUAGCGGAGCAAAGAGGAGUUCGACUGGUUUGUUUUUGUAUUAUCCGAAGGAAUUCAUAUUUUUAUAGCCGUCAUACAGCCA